AUUGUGACACUGAUAAAGCUGCAUCGGGUGACAGCCAUGUGGAAGAGAUGCUGCCUGAUCAUCAUCAUUUUGCAUCUUCUGUAGCGCAUCAUGACCUGUAUUUUGCUGAUGUUCCUGCUGUCAGUUGUUACCGCCCAGCGUGUGCCAUCAUGUCCUGUUUCCUGUGCGGUUUGCUCUGAGGAUGCAGUUAUCUGUCAAAGACUUGCUAACAUCUUUGACGCUGCAGAUUCGACCCAGGCUCUGUUGCUCACAGAGGGCUCCAUCUCUGUGGUCCAGCCUGCCUCGUUGUCAGACCUCAGGAACAUCACCGUUAUAGGUCUGAGUAAUAACCACAUCUCAGAGCUCAGUAAAGAGGCCUUCAGAAACCUGCCUUUCCUCCACACUUUACUGCUGGACCACAAUCUCCUGACCAGCCAGGCUCUGCAGGGUGGAGCUCUGACCAACCUCAGCCAGCUACAAGUUCUCGCACUGGGCCACAACUAUAUCGACAUGAUCCAUGCUGGUUGGUUUACAGGCACAAAGGUUCUGCUCAGCCUGAAGCUGGAGGGAAACCUGCUCACCAGGUUGGACCCUGGAUCCUUUCCUCUGAAUGACUUCAGAAGUCUGGAGACUCUGGAUCUUUCGGAUAAUUUGAUAGAUUUCCUGGACAGAAACAGUUUCCGAGGUCUGGUUAGUUUAAGGAAUCUGGAUCUCUCCAGAAACCGCCUGGGUUCUGCACCUCCUGAGGCUUUCUCCUACCUAGUGUGGCUGUCGAACCUUAACCUUGACCUCAAUUCAUGGAACUGCACAUGUGAGCUGCUGGAGCUGGCUGCUGUCCUGUCGAGCUUCAUUCAGGAACCGGACAAGACACUCUAUAACGGCCGACGGAUGGUGUGUGUGAGUGCCGACAACCCGGCUGUGACCACGGUGCUGGAGCUGACUGAGGCCAACUGCGUCCCGUCCAAUCAGAACAUCACAGUGCAGAUAGACGCCAGAGGCGGCGUGACGCCUCAGCUGUACGCUCGGGACCUGGCUAUCACCGCCGUCAUCUGCUUCCUAGGAGGAGUUGCUUUGACCCUGCUUGUAGUCUUGAUCUGCUAUCAAGUAUCUCGAAGGAAGAAGAGAGAAAGCCAAAGACUGAAGGAGGAAGGGGACAAAGGCAGAACAGCAGCUAACCAUGUGAAUCAACUGGAUGCGAGGGAUUUUUUCUUGCAAGCCAACAGCAGUGAACUAUGGAACAAGGAGUCUAUGAUAAUGGAUGAAAGGAUGGAUCAACACGGCGAUGCUUUGAGGUCCAGGGCUGAUGAAAAUGGUGGCUAUGUCCAAUGCCCUCAUUGCAACACUAAUGGGAAAGUGCCAAAUCAAACGAGAAAGGGAAAUUGGGCAAAUGGAGGAAUUAUGGCUGAGGGUAACCGAGAGAGAAGGGAAUUAAGGAUGGUGGUUGAAGAAGAGAGAAGGAGAGGAGCUACAAAGCAACUAAAUUCAAACAGGGAUAUCUCCACAAAGUUUCCUUCCUACAACAGCCACUCAUCUUUUCAUCUACAGAGAGAAAGUUCUGACAACCUGCCACCCUACAAGGCUGACAGUGACCUAGACAACUACAGGACCGAUGAUGAAUCAAAGACCAGAGGUUAUGAGACGUCACACUGCAGGAACUGCCACAGGACGUACAGACCACCCCAGCAGACCGCUACGAACAGGAUGGCUCACUCCAACGGCAAAGACGCCUUUGCUCUCAACAGCAAGGUAAGGAGGGAGCUGUCUGAAAAGAUGAGGGAUACAGAGCUAAGAAGAGAACCAAGAAAUGUCAAGUUUGAUCUGAGGAGUAUAAGAACCAGUCAAGACAAGGAAAGCCUGGAGGAGGAGGUGGCGGCAAAUCAUAGUGGCAAGGACAGGAGACACAAAGUCCAGUCCAGCCGUGCACUGAAGGUAAAACUGAACUUAAAUCCUCUACGAAAAAGCAAAGUCCAUCCCAGGAAGAAAAGUGAGCAGGGCCACACCGAGAACACAAGCUCCAAGAAGAGUAAAGACAAAAGACAGCAUGGGAGAAGGGAGCAGGAGGAAGGAGAAGUGAAGUCUGGGAAAAAAGCAAAGAGUAGCAGAGAGAACAAGAGGAAGUCUUCCAAAAAGGGAGUGGAGACAGACAAAGGAGGACAAAAAGGCAGCGCACCAAAAAGUGAUAAAAAUUUAGAAGCUGACCAGGAAAAGGCCCAAAAGUCAGACAGCUCCCGGCCGGCUGACGGCACCUCAGUCUCUGCUCAGGCACAAAACCCACAACCUCCCCAGUAUCAGACAACCGGGCAGCCACUAGGUGGGGCUCAGCUGACUUACCAGCAUCCCUUCUUCAGUACUGCUGACAGGAAUCGUACUACCAGCCUCUCCUUGUUAGGCUCAGCUGGCUCACACCUUACCGGCAGCAGCCUUUCUCUUCAAGCAGGGAAUGCUUUGCUCACCACCAUAGCCUCAGGAUCCAAUCCACGUCUCACUGGUGGGUUGACUAAUCCCGUUGCUCCUGGCGUGACAUUCAGUGGGCUUAACAUAGCUCCCAGCGGUGCUACACAAAGCUUCCCUGGACAACCUGCAGGAGGGAUCAGAUCCUCAAAUCCUGCUCUCCUCGCUGAGACGGCACUAGCCAGUACUUUGCAGGCAGGUGAAAUACACCCAGCUCCGCGUCUGACCUCAAAAUCUGAAGAUCCUGUCCUGGGUUUAGCUAAUUUGGCUAAUCCAGCAGUUUUGGGUCAUAGCACGAUGCAGGUUGACAGUUCUGCAUCUGUUGCUUCACUAAAGUUUGAUCUAACACAGGGUCAAGAUAUGCAGACUGGGAGAGGACUGCUUCAGCCAGCCUCUGAAUCACAAGCGCCCUCUACCAAAGACAACCUCCUCGAACAGGGUCCAAGCAAGAUGUCCGGAGAGACCCCUCAGGGUCCUGAACCAGAAACUAUAGUGGAGCAUAUGUCUACUGUCUUCAUGCCAGCUGUGGGAGUGGCUCAAACUGAAGAACCACGACAAGAAGGAUCAGGAGAACGUGUGGGGGCAGCAGGUACGUCUGUAAUGGAUGUCUCGGUACCUGAUCUGCCCCCACAAAGCGAAGCCUUCCCAGCUGCUGGAGGACCUGCUCUCUUGCAGCAGGAGUACCUGUCAGAAGAAGGCGGUUCCUCACCGAGGAGGAAGCUGAGACUGGUUCUUCCAGAAAAGACAUCAAACCGGCCCCCCACAGCACUGGAGAGGAAAAUACGCUAGCAUCUCACACCUUGUUUUUCUUUUUGUACUUCAGGUGUGUAGAGAUCUGAGUAAAAACAGUGAACGGAGAAAACGCGGUUGAUGUUGACCUCUUCAUCCUUUACACGCUGUCCAACAAGUUGAUGUUUCAGGGCUUUACAGAGAUUAUUUGAAUGUUAUAAAGGUAUAGAAGAAUUAAACAACCCUUUGCGGUGUUAAGAUUUCGACAAUGAUUCCCGAGUUCCGUGAAACGAGUUUAUUGAACGUUACGGCUCAUUUUAUGAAGGCAAAGUGACUAUUUGCAGUUUUCUGUUUUCAAACAGGCAUGGCGUGUUUAUGGGAAAGUUAUUUAAACAUCUCUUCACCACAGAACAUCCAAUAAAUACAAAAUCUAGUUGUACAUGAGUGGUGCUGUGGUGGGGGGUCUCGUGAGGGAAACCUGGCUUGUUUAUUUUCAAGAGUUUGCUUCAGUGACACCUCUAGGUGGGGUGAGCUCAGGAAUGGGAGCAAGUUUAAUAUUGAUUCUAAGGUUUAUGUGCUAAAAGCAGAAAAUGUCAACAUUUGAGUGACAGCGACAAACACAUUAUGGGUGACUGGUUGUGUCAGAGUUGCAGCUGGUGUGAUCUACCCAGCCUGUAGUGAUUAAGUCCGUCUGGAACCGGCUCCGGCCAUCAUCUUUAUCCUCCGGCUUCCAAGCUUCUUUGCUAUCAUUUCUGUUCCUUUAAUAUAGUUUUCAUCGUCAGUCAACAAUAAUCAAUAUUUGCAUUAAAGAAGGGCUUACAAUGUCACGUCGAUAAUUCAUCCUGCUUAAUUGGUUUUGCGUUAGUUUCUCAACUCGUUUUUAUGUAAACGGUUUAAAGAUAAGAGGUACUGCUACUGUGUUUGACUCAUCACGGUACAAAGCAUGUCACACCAUGUGAACACGUAAGACACUUAAAACGCUGGUAAAGAUAAACCAUCCAAGCACGCGUUAACGUGGGAGAGACAACUUUUGGAGAUGUUUAACCCUCACAAGAUUAAGUAUUGGUCUCAGUUACGCCCGGGGUUUGGGAUAUUUUCUGGAUUCUUGUGUGUCUGGAUUCAGACAUUAGUUAUCCUAAUUGAUACAGGAAAAAUUAUUGGAUAACUUCACUCUGACACUUUUAAAAAUGCAGCAGAGACCAAUACCAGUAAAAUGCUGGACAUAAUAUAGUUUACAUGUUUAAUGUAAAGUAUGGCCUUACUCUCUAUCUUUAAAAAGGACUCACUAUUAAUGAAAUCCUCAUUUUCUUUAUUUACACCUGGAGGAAAAAGGUGACAAUAAGCAUUGUAGCAAAAGACAAAACGGUGUUUUUUUUUUUUUAAAGCAUCAACCGGAGGACUGAAAAAUAAUAAUCCAUUAAAAUCUUGAUGUCAUCCAACAUUCACUUCUCAGUACUUCAAUUUCCCUGAAAUGUAUGCAUGUAUAUGAUGUCAGUUUUUGAUAUGCGAGGUUUGGCUCUUUGCCCUUGGUGUCAUGGUGUCAGUGGACAGCAUGAGCUCUUAAAAAAUAAUAAAUGUCACAGGACUGGAAGAGUUUUCUUUUGCCUUUUAGCACCCAGACGCUGUGAAGUCAGUUCAUUAUAAGAAUACAUGGUUUUACACCAAGGAUUGCUAAUGACCCUAAAGUUGCCACUUGAUUUAAGAUUCCUACUAAACGCUAAGGCGAGGACUAUUUCACUGUUUUUUUAAGGAAUCUGAACUGCACUACACAGUCUCAGGUUUAUUCUACACAUAAUGCAGAUUGUUUAACACACCACUGCUAGUAUACCAGCUUUAAGUACAGGUAAACUAUAUUGGAGGAUGCAGGUGAAGAUUCUCAGUCAUCCAGG